UACCCAUUGAAAUACUGAUUUGUGUUGAGAUUGAAAAAAUAUUUAGUGAUUUCAAAAUUUAACAAUUACGUGUUGUUUUUCUUUGUAUGUAACAUGUGCAUUUUAUAAUACCGAAACUUAUCUUAAACAUAACAGCUUUUUGAAUUAAAAGAAUACCAUCAUGUACAACGACGAGGAAGACAACGAGAGAUAUUUUAGUCCAGAUUUACUUCAUGUCGUUCGCAGUUUUGUUUCAGUUGCCACUAUUUCAAAUCUUGAACUAGCUCCGUACGGGAUUAGGAGUGUACCCACAAAAACUGAAGAUGGAAUACCGAUUAGAAAGCUUUACGUUACUAACUUACCACCCAAGACAACCAGAACUGAAUUAUAUGGGGUAUUUGCCCAAUAUGGUCUCAUUAAAAGCUGCUGGUUGAAAAUGGGAGACAAGGGGCCAAAUAAAACUCCAAUACCUACAUAUGCAUUUGUAACUUUUAGUAAUCCAGCAGACGCUCAUCAAGCCCUUGAAGCACCUAGUCAUGAAAAGAUAUUGAGGGGUCGAAACCUAUAUACGUCACCAGCAGACAGUUGGCAUCAGCCAGUAGAGGAUGCAGAUGGUCGGGUCUGCUGGAAACCACGUUUUUCACGUACUAAUGUUCGAUCACGCUCUAGGUCCAAAGAUUUAGAUGAAGGUACAAGCACCAAAAUGUCCACCGUUGCCACUUUAGAUUCAUCAGAAUCAUCAGAUGAAGAAGAUGUGAAGAGUUGCACCAUAUUAGAUGUGUUAAAUAGAGAUUGUUUGACGCAUAUCCUAAAUUAUAUCCCUAUUAGGGACAUAAUAUUAUCUGAAAGGGUCAGUAAAGGUUGGCAGAUUAUGGUCCAAGAAUAUUUAGCAGGCGUGCGCGUGCUGAAGACGUCGUGGUGGCAGGCGGAGGCGGCUCGGCUGACGACGGCGGUGCUGCGGCGGGUGCUGGCGCGCGUGGGCGACUCGCUGCUGGCGCUGCACAUCGACCACCACUGGUCGGCGCUCAACGACCGCACCGCGCACUCCAUCGCCAGGUUCUGUCCCAAGCUCGAGGAGCUCAAGAUCGUCGGUAUGCAUACAAAAAAUUGGAACCCCCUUCUGUACGGAUGUAAAAAACUGAAGAAUUUAUCAUUUAUUUCUUGCAACAAGCUGACGGACUCGAGCCUGGUGCAUCUGGCGCACGUGGACUCGUGCAUCGAGAAGAUCACCGUGGCCAACAACACGCACGUGACGGGACUGUUCCUCACGGGCGCCGCCCCGCCGCAGCUGAGCUCGCUGUCCUUCUACAACUGUUACAGCCUGCAGGGGACGGUCCUAAGCGCCGCCAUGGACUCCCUUCCGAACCUGACCACCUUAAAGCUGGACCUGUGCCCAGCGGCCAUGUGGAAAAUCGUACCCAUGAUCUUAAAGACCCUAUCCAAACUCGAGGAGCUGUCUCUGAGCGAGUACAUGUCGAGCGAGGUGUGCUUCACGACCCAGAGCAGUGAUGAAUUCUGUGAAGCCCUCACCGGUCUCACCGAGCUACGGAGAUUGAACUUGAGCAGAAACAUACACAUUACUAAUGCAGUGCUCAAGCAGAUCGGCCAAACGUGUCAUAAGUUAGAGUACCUCAACGUAUCAAGUUGCAAUUCCAGAAAAAACUUCCCUCAACCAG